GAGCCAAUAUGACUCAACACUGUACUAAAUUUGCUGGCCACUGGAAGAUCAUCGUAUGGGAUGAGGAGGGCUUCCAAGGUCGCCGACAUGAAUUCACAUCCGAAUGCUAUAACAUCAUGGAAUCUGGAUUUGAAACUGUUCGGUCAUUUAAAAUAGAGAGUGGAGCCUGGCUUGGCUAUGAACACUUAGGAUUCCAGGGUCAGCAGUUUGUUCUGGAAAGAGGAGAGUACCCCCGCUGGGAAGCCUGGAGUGGAAGCAAUGCUUAUCAUGUUGAGAGAAUGACUUCCUUCCGACCAAUUGCCUGUGCUAACCAUCGUGACUGCAAGAUGUCCAUCUUCGAGAGGGAAAACUUCCUGGGAAGGAAAGGAGAGCUGAGCGACGACUAUCCUUCUCUUCAGGCUAUGGGAUGGUGUAACAAUGAAGUUGGCUCUUUCCGUGUUCAUUCUGGAGCUUGGGUGGGUUACCAGUAUCCUGGCUACCGUGGAUUCCAAUACAUUUUGGAAUGUGACCAUCACUCAGGAGAGUACAAGCAUUGGAGAGAGUGGGGAUCCCAUGCACAAACCUUUCAGAUUCAAUCCAUCCGCAGAAUUCAGCAGUAAACAUUUACAUCUAAGCAUCAUGUUGGCAUUUUAAACACAAGUGAAGUACAUUUAAAGAAAAUAAAUUCUUUUUGUUUAUCACA